ACUUCAUUCACUUGUUAACUGUCGAUGUAAAACAACGUAAUUUCUUCAGAGUUGAAUCAAAAAUAUCUUCUGACGUGUAAGGCAAUUCUUUAUUUCAAAUGCGCGCCCGAAUGUAGUGAGAUCUUUCGAUCGAAGUGACUCGAUUCAUAGAGCGAUAGAUGACGUGUGGCGGAGAAUACCCUUUAGCCCAUUUUCAUUUCAUUCAAGAUUCAGAUUGUAAUAAAGUGUGUGUUUCACGAAACAAGUAUCUUUCUUAAGCAUUAAAAACCCAUCCUCGACAUCCAUAAAAUCAUCUUACAAUUAUUAUUAGAAGUAAGAUAGACACCGGAUAGACGAGAAAUUAAUUAUGGAAAAUCCAAAAUCCGGAACGAGUGAUUUAAAAAGCGAUCAAACGACAAUGGAUUUGAAGAAAUCCUUAGAAGCUCAGCCAAAGAUCGAAUCACAAAGACGAAGCUUGGGAAUUAGAACGCAGAAAGAUCUCCAUGUUCAAGAAGGAGAGAUAAAAUGUAUGAGAGAGACUAGAAGUCACUUAGAAAAUGUCAAAAAUGACGAUCUAGAAUAUCUUGAAGAAUUAUUAUCACAUUCGCUCGAGCGUUACUAUUUGUUUAAAAUAAUGCAACGCUCGUACGAAAGUUUGGAAAGGGAGAUGAAAAUCACCCGACAAGAGAACGAGGACUUAAAAGAUGUAAUUAAAGAAGGACAAAAAAAUGUAAUUAAAGAAAUUAAAGAACUUAAAAAUAAUUUUGCAUGUAAUUCUCUAAUGGAUGUAAAAAAAAAUACGAAGAAUGAUGUCAAGAGGGAAGUUAAGGAAUCCGUUAAUGAAAAAAUUAAUGACUUAGGAACAAAAAAUACACGACCUGUCGAAGAUACAAAUGAACCAGUUUCAGGAACGUCAACUGUAGAAGGACAGGGAUCUGGAGGGGUCGGGGGGAAUGAAAGUUACAAAGUGGCAUUUUGGAACGUAUCGGGGCUAACAAACAAGAAUGAGAACUUCUGGAACGAAAUAAAAAAAUGGGAUAUAGUAAUAAUGAGUGAAACAUGGUUGAUAACGAAUGAGAAUGGGGAAGAUAAAUGUAACAUAAAUUUGCCGCCGGGAUAUACAUGGAAAAAACAACCAGCGACGAAAAAACCAAAUCAAAAAAAAGGGAGAGGGAGAGGGGGAAUGUUGCUGGGAGUGAGAGAAACAAUUAAAAUGACAAAUUUUGACACAAAAGAAGAAGGGUUAAUGGUAGUUGAAAUAGAGUUGAAUGAGGAAAAGUGGCGAAUAGUAGGAGUAUAUGUUCAAAAAACUCGUAAGAAAAAGGAUUUAGAAAAAAAGUUGGAGAAAUUACUCAUAUUGAUGAAUGAAUGGAAGAAGGAAAAAGAGAUAAAAACUCUAAUUGGAGGAGAUUUUAACAUUAGAACGGGAAAAAAAGGAGGGGAAACAUUAAGAAACACACAAGAUAAAAAAUUAAAAAUCGAAUUUGAUGGGAACAAGCUGUUGAAAGAAAUAAAGAAUGUAGGAUGGAUAAUAUUUAAUGGUAAUGUGGAGGGGGAUAAAGAUGGGAAAUGGACAUUUACAGGGGGGAAGUCGGUUAUAGACUAUGUAAUAGGAAGCAAGGAGACGAGGGAUAAAGUGAAAGAAAUGAAUGUGGAAACAUGUAUGGACGAAAAUGUGUUCUCGGACCAUCGGCCAUUGGUGGUGUGGAUUAAAGGAGAUAAAGAGGACAUAAUAAAAAACGAAAGGAGGACAGACGAGUAAGAAUAUGGAUUUGGAGUG